CAACACCUGCCAAAGAAUCAAAUAAAUCACAAACUUAAACCAUGAAUGGAGAACGAGAGAAUCUUCAAGAAAUUCAAAUGGACCUACCCAAAAGCAUAUGCUCGAACGGGUGCCAAAACGCGAGCAAACUCACCGCAUUCCAACUCAGACCACCUGACCCCAACGACUCCUUCCUCCACCGUUCAUUCACGAACGAAAGAACGAACGAGACCGACAUAAGAAUGGCAUUAGACUUAAACGACUCAUUCAGUGAACUGUACGGCUUCGACAGAGUCAACGGGACUUUUUUAAAUUGCACAUUUGGAAAUGGAACGUGUGCUAGUGACGUGCAAAGUUAUAACUUCUGGGCGUUAUCGUUGUUGGUGUUCCCGUUAUUAACGUUAUUCGGCAACGUGUUAGUUAUUAUGAGUGUGUCUAGGGAGCGCAGCUUGCAGACUGCGACGAACUAUUUCAUAGUGAGCCUGGCGGUGGCGGAUUUGUUAGUGGCUGUUGUAGUGAUGCCUUUUGGAGUUUAUUAUCUGUUCAAUGCUGUAUGGGGUCUGCCAGCGGUGGUCUGCGACUGCUACAUCGCGAUGGACGUCACGUGCUCCACCUCCAGUAUAUUUAAUCUGGUCGCCAUAUCUGUGGAUAGGUACAUAGCUGUAACGCAGCCAAUAAAGUACGCCAAGCACAAAAGCAACGGCCGGGUAUGGCUCAUGAUCGGUGUGGCGUGGCUGGUCUCCGGGGCUAUUGGCUCCCCCAUAGUCCUGGGGCUCAACAACACCCCGGACAGAAGCCCCGACCAGUGCCUCUUCAAUAACACCAACUACGUUAUAUACUCGUCACUGGGGUCCUUUUAUAUACCGUGCAUCAUCAUGAUGUUUCUAUAUUACAAUAUUUUUAAGGCCAUAAGGCAAAGAGCGAAAAAGCAGAGGAUAGCCAAGAAGACGUCAUCAGCUCUCGGGUCUGCGGUCUCCAGCGGGACAGCGGCUGUCGUCAUCGAGAACCUGGCCCAGACGCAGAGGUUCGACGGCUCCUACCAAGAAGAUAAGCCUACGAAUACUGCGUCGGGGAGUAACGAGGAUGAUGACGAUGAGAACUUUAGAACAGAGAUGGGCGCGUAUGCAGAGGAGUUGGCAACCACCAGGUCGGCAAGGUUCAUGCUGGCAGCUGUUGUUGAGGAGACUGGCCUAAUAAUGGCCAACCUCGCCUCGCCAAUCCCAAUGAUGGACCCGAACACCAACAACGAUUCGGGCUACGCCCCGUCCAACAUAGACGGCGAUGCGAAGGAGCACACGCCUCCUGCUUCUCCCACGCAGAAGGAUCAGAAGAAAGAAGACAAGGAAGAAGAAAAGGAAGAAAAGGGAGAAGGAGAAAAGACUGACGCGCCGAAGAAACCGGAGUUGAAGAAGAAACUCAGCCGCCUAAGCAGCAGCUCCAUCAUAUCUACUCCCCGGAGGAGGUUCAGGAGUGCAGCCUCUGCAGCCAGGUUCACAAUCUUCAGGGCCAACAGGGUCGGGAAGCUCCGAGCCAAGUCCUUCGCUAAGAAAGAAAAGAAAGCCACCCAGACGCUUGCUAUUGUUUUAGGUGUCUUCUUAUUCUGCUGGGCGCCAUUCUUCACCUGCUCCGUCCUCGACGCCCUGUGCACCAAGUUCGACCUGUCCUACUCUCCAGGGGUCACCGCCUUCAUCCUCACCACGUGGCUCGGCUACAUCAACUCCUUCCUCAACCCAGUCAUCUACACCAUCUUCAACCCGGAGUUCCGAAAGGCAUUCAGGAAGAUACUCCAUUGCGGCACCUAGCCCUUGGACUUUUAUUUUGUAUAUAACUAAAGCAUCCCACGUCCUCCAAUGUUGACAGCAUUAUGGCCCAGAGAGCCUUGACAAAGUGGCAUUGGGGACAGUUUUCGAAAUCGUUUCACGCAGCGAAAUACUCAACUUUCGAAGCGAUUUCGAAAUUACAACUAUCAAGUUUGUAGUUAUUUCCUUGUCUUGUCUAGGGGGGCGGUUCCUUAAUUCGUGACUGUUUAAGAACCAUUUUGGUGCCAUUUU